UUUAUAUCUCCAUGGCAACAAGGUACAUUUGAAGCUUCCUAACGGUGUUUCUGUUUCUGCCGAUAUCAUCUAAAUAAUAAGGCAAUUCUCCUCGUAAAGUGAGGUUCAUUCGUGUAAGACGAUGUCAGAUAUCUUGAGCAGGUGGCUGAACCAUGAAGUCGGGCUCUCUGAAUCUGUGGACCCCGGGAACUUUGCCAAGGAUUUCUCCAAUGGCUACCUUUUUGGAGAGAUUCUUCAUAAAUAUCAGAUGCAGGAGGAUUUUAACAUGUUUUUGAAAAACGAUACCCCCGUCUCCAAACUCAGUAACUUUUCCCGGCUUGAGCCAAGUCUUCAGCUACUGGGGGUCUUCUUCGAUAAGAACACAGCUCGAGACCUGAUGCAGGAGAAGCCGGGUGUCGCCACAAACCUUCUUCACCAGCUCCAUGUCGCUCUAGAAUGGAAGAGGAGUACAGGAGCCAACCGGACAGUGAUGCAGCCCACAGUUCGGGCUAAGGUGCACAAAAAGGAAAAAGAGUCUCGCUCUUUACCAAUACACCUUCCUCAGGUGGUGAAACCCAAUGCAGAUAAAAACCUCCAGAAAACUGGUCAGCAGUACGCAGCUAAAAGCCAACAUACGAACUAUUUGCCCGAAGUGACCCAACCCAUUCGUCAAAAGCAGCCGCUUAAAGUCCACAAUGAGAAAAGGAUGGAAAAGAAUGGGAAGGUUGAUCUUGAGGAGCACAAGGAUUUUCCUGAUAACAAUACUAAGCUUUUAAAGCAACCGUCCUGCAGUUUAAAUCCCAGCAGAAGGAAGCUCAAAGACAAGGAAGCUCGGUUUGUCCAAUCCGAAAUUGCUGCAUUUGAGGCGAAACGGCAUAAACGUGUUACUUCUGGUUUUGGCUCCCUAUCGAGCUCCAGUGAUCCACUCAUCCCUGCAGAUUCUUCUUUUGGUGGCAUCAAACCGGGCAGUGGAGUCCCUGGAAGCAAAAAUAAACCGAUCCUACAAUCCAAUAGCAAGUAUAUCCAGGGGAUCCGACAGCGGCUGAAGGAGAACGCUGUGGCUCGAGAGGAAGGACAAAAAAGAGUAGACAGUUUUCUGUUGGAGCAGUCCAAAGCUCAUGAAGCGCAGCAGGAGAUGCAGCUCGAAGACCUGCUUGUGCGUCGUAUGAUGCGUCAGUCGCAACAAGAGCAGCGUCUGGCUGAGCAGCUGAUGCAGAUACGUAGGCAGAAGGAGGUGAUUGUGGAGAAUCGGCUGUUCAGGGAGCAGCAGUACCAGCAGCAGAGAGAAAGGGACUUUCUGCAAGCUCUGAACAGAGAGGCGGUUCUGGCUCAGCAGGCUAAAUUGGCUCGAGAAGAAGAGAUCAAAAAGGAGCUUGAGUUAUGCAACAGGUUAGCGGCCGAGCGCGCUCAGACCAGACACGAGAAGCACGUGGCUACCUGCUCUGACAUUUUAGGACAGAUAGUGGACUUGGCAACCCAAGUCGGAGAAUAUCGCCUGUCCACAGGGAGUUCCAGUCUCCUUCCAGAGAAGAAGAGUAAAGAGUUGAAGGAAUUGUUCCUUAGAGGUGUUCCUCUUUAUGAGCCAAGAAACUCUGAGCCGGAGUCUGGAUUCUUCUUGUCAACAAACCCCUCAGAACUUAAGAAACAGGAGAUACUCAACAACCUGGACUAUAAUGAAUACACUAAUAUGGUCGGUGAGUGGGCGUGGCCGACGGAUUCAGGGGAGACAAAAUUACCUCCGAGCACCAACAUCAUUCUUGCACAUGUUCUCCAACGACUUAGAAAAAUUGCCCACCCACCCACUGUGGAAUCGUCCGCUCCCUCAUUUUCUCAAUUUCGCAUCAAGGCCUGCGUCCUGAGCAAGUUCUGCUCGGGGAAGACCAGCUGUCUGGCCAAGAUUGGUGAAGCACUUGGCAUCCGUGUGUUGUCGACUGACACACUGAUCGAUGAGGCCCUGAGGGCUUUUAAAGAUGAAGAGGAGAUCACAUAUGAGCAGGGGGAGAAGGACAGCGAGGCGCUGCACACAUCUUCUGCAUUGUUGCAGCCAGAGCUUAACAAACAAGAAGAAGAACAAGAAUGUAGUAACAAACUGCCCACGCUUGCAACGUCGGGAGCAGCAGCAGUGAAGGAGAUGAGAAAAGGAAACGUCGUUCCGAACGAGCUCAUAGUGGACAUGUUAAUAGAAGCAAUCAGUCAGGUCCCUCCUCAGUCAGGUUGGAUCCUAGAUGGCUUUCCACUUGACAUCAGUCAGGCCCAUAUGCUGGAGAAGGCUUUGGGUGGGUCUGUGGAGGAAGAGGGUGACUGUGUGAGCAACACGACAGAAACAGGUGCUGAUCCAGAUCUGCUCAGUCCUCUACCACCUCAUCCACCUAUGCUGGACUUGGCUCUCUUGCUGGACAUACCUGAUGAGAGUGUGGUUAGACGGGCAUACAGCCCUACAGAUACUUCUUCUGCUGCAGAGUCCCCACACACAGACAGCACCGUGCAUUCUGCACAGAUUACGCACAGGGUUGCAGCUUUUCGGGAUGCCUGGCCAGAGCUAGAAAAGUGGUUUGGUGCAAAGCAGAACAUUUUGGUUCGUCUCGACGCUGAUGUGGAAGAGGGGGAGCUGUACAGCGCGGUGGAGUCUGUCCUGCAGGCUAUUAUUAAAAAAAAGCAAGAAGCUCCUGUUGAUCCUCUCGUUGAAGAUACAUUGUUAGGCAGUACAAAUGCUCUGGACACAAGUCCUGUAGGGUCCAGCUCCAGCAUUAAGAAGGAAAAAGACCUAGGCCAUUCUGCAAAUGUGUCACCCUCCUCUGUGUCUGUUGAGGGCUCCACUGGAGGCAACAUGGUCCGACCUGACUCUGCUGUCUCGACCUCAGGCUCAGUUAGACAUCCCUUCGUAAAUGAACCUCUGCCUCCAAAUGUACCAGAAAACCUGUGUUCUCACUGGGACAACGCCUGUCAGUCAUAUGUAAACAAUAUAAAGCAAAUAAUGCAGCAGCUGCGUUUACAGCUCACUUUUGUGGAUCGUCACCUUUUCAACGUCAGAGAACGAUACAGCCAUUAUCUCGGUUCUCCUGACUUGAAGCAGGAGUUAGUUUCUCAGUGGCAGAAGGACUUCAACAGCGUACCAGACGAUAUGAGAAAAGACGAGGAGACCAAAGCAGAGCUUCAUCUGAGGAUGGAUGAACUGCAGGAACGGCUGUGGGAUAUUACUGACAAGCACAGAGAGGAAGAUGAGCAGGAGAGGAAGGCUCUCAUGUGUGAUAGGUGGCUGGAGGAGCAGGCAGCUAUGCUCAUCAACCACCACUCCAUGAUAAUACAGGUAGAGCUGAGCCGUUUCCGUGAAACGUUCUGCACUCUGAGGCUCUACUACUGGAGCAUGCACAAAAAAGUACCGCUUGUGCCCUUCUCCAAAGCGAUCUAUAUCUCUGUGCUGCAGCCAACCGGAGCUAAAGAUAAGGACGACACUGUGGAUCCUUUGAGCAGUGGUGUGCAGGACCAGAUGAGUGACAGCAAGGACAAAAAAAGAAAACCGCAGCCUGACUCAACAAAAACCGCCUCUAAGGUGGCGGACGAGUCUCCGUUAGAACCUAUGAAGGUGUUGCAGGAGAAACUUCUAGCUGACUACGAACAGGCUGUUCAAGCCAUCGGAGACAUGCUAAAUCCCUUUUGUGUCGGUGUGAGAGUGUCAGGAGAAGUCCAGGAGAGGGAGACAAAAGAGCAGGAGACCAUACAAGAAAAAGUGGACGCAACAAAGAAGGGCUCUUCAAGUGCAAAAAAGGCUAAAAAGGAACAGCAACCACCUGGAAAGCAACCAGCUCAACCAAUUGAUGAACCAGAGCAGAGUCAGAUUCUGAAAACUACAGAGCGGACCUAUGAUAACAAAAUUAAAGAUAAAAUACGUAAAGAACAUAUAGCUGCUCUGACUCAUGAGGAAAAUUCAGCAAAGGUUCGCCUUGAGCUAGUUAAAGGUCACGGUCUGAUGCUGGUUGAAUCCCUGCAAAGCAGAGUGCAAGAGACCUUUGGCAACAUGGAGAAAUUGUUUCAAAGACGCUAUCUAUCAGAAAUGAAGUGUAUCGAUCAGCUGUCUGAAGUGGUUCGCCAACACAUAGAGGCUGGUGCCAAGCUGCAGUACGAGCUGGUGAUGGAAGACUGUGACUUCUAUCUGAAUGGAGACUGUCAGCUGUUUCCAGAUGUGUCUCCUCCCCCCCGUCCGGCUCCUGUGGAGAAACCAAAUCGAUCCACCCUGACAGUUUCUCAGUUGGAAUCACUCCACUGUCAGCUGUCCAAGAUUGCUCCUUCAGGUCUCAUGUCCAGCUCGGCUUUCUUUCUCUUUCUUGAAGAUUUAGUUUCUAACAGCCUGGGGAGAAACAUCGUGCCUGAGGCCUGGACAGAUCUGAAUCAAACGCAGCUGUUAGAGAUGGUGUCUUUGCUAAGCGAUGAGUAUGAGCUGAUAGACUGGCGCCGCUUUCUGCUCAGUGCUGCUCUCCCGUGGCCACUUCCCUCUCUAACACAGCUGCUGGAUCUGUUGCGACAAUUUAAGGAAGCGGACGCUGGCGACACGGGAUAUUUAAACGAGGGACAGUUUCUGCAGACAGAGUUGUGGUUUUGCAGUGAGAGGGUCCAGAAUGUUCCUGAGGACCCCUCAGAGCCGCUGCCCUACAACCGUCUAGCUAGCCUGCGCAAGUUCUUUUUCCAGUUGUUUGCAGACCCUACCUCUUCUCCACCUCAGCUGGAUUACGUGUCCAUGCUCCAGUACUUUGCAGCCGAUCCUAAUCCCAAACAGGGUUUUAUCAGAGCUCUUAGUGUCGUGUUGGGACAACAUCUCCAGCAGCCUUCACAGAGCCUUCUCGUCAAGUCUCUGCCUAGCUUAGAAGAAACCACGGAGUUCACGGCCGUCAAGUUUACUGAAGACUAUAAAGAAGAGGAAGCUCUGUUUUCACCUACCAGUUUUUUUAAGGAUCAGGACGUUUCGAUUUCUGCUCUUCUUAACGUCGUUUGCCACAAAAUCACCAAGAUGGAGGGCGGCGCCCCCCUUCCUCCAGGCUGCUUGAGUCAGGAAGAACACAAACAGAACCUUGAGAAUGUGUACACUGAGCUGGGAUAUAACCCUGAUGAAUCAGUCCCGUUCUCGAUUCUUUCUAAGCAUCCUUACACUGAAAUGCUGAUCGAGUCUUCAACUCACUUCCAGCUUGUUAACCUUCUGAGCGCUGCCGGGCCAUCAGGAUGAAACAGAAGGCUAACAUUAUUAAAUAAACAGAAAAUGCAAGCAAA